AUGUCUACGCAUGUCUUGAAGACGAUUAUCUUCAUGUCCUCAGCCAAGGACAUCCAAGCGCCAUGGGGAGGGCCAAAGCGUUUGGGCGACGGGUUGUUGAACCAUGUGAAGAACUUCCUUCAACAGAGGACUGCAGAGCUGGGAGGAGAAAAGAUUACUCACGAGGUGACAGUUUUCGACCCGUUGGAGGUUUUCGGCAAGGGAGGAGCACUGGAGGAGAGCGGUGCUGAGUUGAAGCACCCUCACCACUUCUUUGCCCCUGGAAAAGCGCCAGCUGGCAUGGAUGCCAUGGCAAAGAAGAUCAAGGAGGCGGACUGCUACGUGGUUGUCUGCGCCGAGUACAACCACUCCAUUCCUCCUGCUCUCGCGUCCAUGAUGGGACACUUUGGAGGAUCCAACUACGCUUGCAAGCCUUCUGCUAUCAUCGCCUACUCUGCCGGUCCCUUUGCUGGAGCUCGAGCUGCGGUGGCUCUCCGUCCCUUUCUAAGCGAGCUGGGCUGUCUUCCUGUCUCAAAGAUGGCUCUCUUCCCCAGCCCUAACGAGUACCUCGAAGCCGAUGGGACAGUCAAGGACCCUGACAAUCGCAUGCUCAAGCAGAUUCCUGGCGUUGUGACUCAGCUCGAGUGGAUGGCGAUCGCCAUGAAGAACCAGCUUGCCAAGUAUGGGCCAAUGUCGGCAUAG